UAAAUUGGAUACAAUUUGGAACAAAGAUACACCCAAGACUCAAUCAUUUUGAUCCUGAUAUAGCAUUAACAUCAACAAGUACCUUAGAAUUCUUCAUCAAAUUGGGGUUUGUCCCUAAUCACCCCGUUUUACCGGUGCCAUACGUUAGGUUAGUACCUACGUAUUGUAGUCAAUCUGAAAGUUCGAAAUAAACACAAGUGAUGGUUUUAUAAGAAUUCCAUGGAGUUAUUAGGAUUCCAAAUUGUUAUGUAUUUGAAGUAUAAUUAUAUUUUCAAUUAACAAGAGGAAAAUUGAUACAUAUCUCUGGUGUAAUUUGAACUUUGACACAAUCAUUUUAAUGGUAGAGUGAUAUGUUUGCAUUUAUAAUAUAUUUGUAGUUAGUUGCUUACAUAUGUUCUGUCAGUAAUAUUUAUGUUGAGUAAUUAAAGAUGUCUAUCGUACGAUUCUUUUCUACCGAAGCAUUUAGUUUACAUAAAACAAAUGAAAUUUUACAAAAACUGAAGUUUGUGGAUAGUGAUAUAAAAGAUUUGUCUACUGAGCUGUGUUACCAUGUAGAGCUGGCUGAAGGCUGUGAAUAUCUCAAUAUAAAUCAGAUCAAAGUGUUAAAAUGGCUGUUGAGUUCACCACUACAGCCUCAAGCUGUUAGAAAUGAAACUAUCUUCAAAAGUAAUGAUAACAGUCAGCUUUUAAUAGAAAUUGGUCCUAGGUUUAAUUUCUCAACAGCAGACUCCAGUAACUCUGUGCAGAUUUGUGAAAGCGUGGGUCUACGCGAUGUUGUUCGUCUUGAAGUGUCUACAAGAUACCUAAUUACAUUUGGAAAACAAAAAAAUGUUACUGAAAAACAUUUUGAGAAUUUAGCUGCAGUGUUACAUGAUAGGAUGACGCAAUGUGUUUAUACAAAGGAUAAUCUACCCCGUAAAAGUUUUAAUGAAGGCCUGCCAAAAGAUUUAGAACCAUGGUUUGUUGUUCCCUUGCAAGAGCAAGGCAUUUCUGCUAUGAGAAAGGUUAAUGAUAAAUUAGGUUUGGCAUUUGAUACAUGGGACAUGGAAUUUUACAUGGAUUUAUUUGUGAACAAACUGAAAAGGGAUCCUACGAGUGUAGAACUAUUUGACCUCGCCCAGAGCAACAGUGAACAUUCACGUCAUUGGUUUUUCAAGGGUAAGUUAGUAUUGGAUGGUAAAGAGAUAAAUGAAUCUUUAAUUGAUAUGGUUGCUUCAACACAAAAAACUUCGAAUAAUAACAAUGUUAUUAAAUUUGGUGAUAACAGUAGUGCAAUCAAAGGCUUCCAACAUACAAUAUUGCGUCCUACCAAUGUUAGAGGACCAUCGCAAGUUAUCCAGAAGAAAACAGAAUCUGAUAUAAUAUUCACGGCAGAAACUCACAAUAUGCCAACCGCAGUAGCCCCUUUUAGCGGGGCUACAACUGGUACGGGGGGACGUAUUAGGGACGUUCAAGGAGUUGGUCGUGGUGGACACACAGUUGCUGGCACAGCUGGGUAUAGUGUGGGCAACCUACAUAUACCAGGGUACGAUCUACCGUGGGAGGAAAAAGGUUGGGAAUAUCCAAGUAAUUUUGCAACACCUCUACAAAUUAUAAUAGAAGCCAGCAAUGGAGCUUCAGACUAUGGAAACAAGUUUGGUGAACCAGUAAUAUCUGGAUUUGUCCAAUCGUAUGGAUUGAAAAAUGCGGACAAUACAAGAGAAGAAUUUGUGAAACCGAUAAUGUUUAGUGGUGGUAUCGGCUACAUGCCACAUUCGAUGAUUAAAAAAAACAAACCCGACAAAGGUAUGCUGCUAGUGAAGAUCGGUGGUCCCGUAUAUCGUAUCGGCGUCGGUGGUGGGGCCGCUUCCUCCGUAGCCGUGCAGGGCGGCGACGCUAGAGACCACGCCCUUGACUUUGGAGCUGUGCAGAGAGGUGAUGCGGAAAUGGGUAAUCGUCUGAACCGCGUGGUUCGUGGAUGUCUGGAAUCCGAUGUUAAUCCAGUUGAAUCGAUCCACGACCAAGGCGCCGGCGGUAACGGUAACGUGUUGAAGGAGCUGGUAGAGCCCGAAGGGGCUGUUGUUUUCACUAAGGAGUUCCAACUGGGCGACCCUACGAUCACCACACUAGAGCUUUGGGGCGCUGAGUAUCAAGAGAACGACGCUUUGUUAUGUUCCAAGGCGAAUAGACAUAUCCUAGAAGAAAUAUGUCGUCGUGAACGCUGCCCGGUUUCGUUCGUCGGAGAAGUGACUGGUGACGGUUAUAUGAGCCUCAUUGAGGACUCGUAUACCGAGAAAUUCUUAGAUAGAUCUGAAAGACUGAAGCUUGAAUCAAAGUCUAAACUGCCCUAUGAUUUACACCUGGAAGCGGUUUUAGGGAAUAUGCCACGAAAAACCUUCGAUUUACAAACUGAAAAAAGGACCAAGUUACCUUUGUCAUUUCCUAAAGACAUAACGGUGAAGAGUGCACUCGAUCGCGUUCUGAGGCUUGUCAAUGUUGCCAGCAAAAGAUACCUAACCAACAAGGUCGACCGUUGUGUCACUGGUCUCGUAGCCCAACAGCAAUGUGUGGGCCCACUUCACACUCCGCUGGCGGAUUGCGCUAUUAUAGCACUUUCUUACUACGACCUCGUCGGCUCGGCCACUUCUAUCGGUACACAGAACAUCAAGGGACUACUGGACCCGGCAGCCGGAGCGAGAUUGUCAUUAGGGGAGGCUCUAACUAAUUUGGUGUUCGCCGGCAUAUCGGAGCUGGAGGACGUGAAGUGUUCAGGGAACUGGAUGUGGGGCGGCAAGACCGGCGUGGAGGGCGGCGCGCUGACCGCGGCGUGCGGCGCGCUGUGCGGCGCCAUGCGCGCGCUCGGCGUCGCCGUCGACGGCGGGAAGGACUCGCUCUCCAUGUGCGCACACGUCGCCGGCGAGAAAGUUAAGUCUCCGGGAACUUUGGUGGUAUCGACAUACGCCCCUUGUCCAGAUAUUACCGUUAAAAUUGAACCAGCACUCAAAGAAGAAAACUCCGCUCUGGUUCACGCACCUGUUUCACCAGGAAAAUACAGACUUGGUGGUUCAGCAUUGGCUCAAUGUUACAAGCAGCUAGGCGAUAAUCCUCCCGAUUUAGACGAUCCCAUCAUAUUGAAAAGUCUAUUCAAGAUUACACAGAAAUUACUAAAAGAAAAAAAAUUGAUAUCCGGUCAUGAUAUCAGCGAAGGAGGCUUCAUAACAACGGUACUUGAGAUGGGUAUCGGUGGUGUUCGCGGUUUGAAUCUACACGUCAACGUUGCCGCCAAUGUCUCGCCCAUCGAAGCGCUGUUCAAUGAGGAACUUGGUAUCGUUCUGGAAGUUUCCAAAAACGACUUGCCCUAUGUUCUAAGCGAAUACAACAACAAUGGCGUCGGUGCACAGCACAUUGGUUACACUGGGAAAUACGGCAUGGAUUCUCAGGUUGUGAUAAAUUUGAAUGGCGUUAAUGUUUUGGAUACUGUUCUCAUUGAUGUGUUCAGAAUGUGGGAGGAAACUAGUUAUCGUUUGGAAUGCUUGCAAGCUAACACUGAUUGUGUCCUCCAAGAAUGGAAAGUUCUUGAGAAACGUAAAGGAGCCACAUACAACGUUACUUUUGAUCCUACGGCUGCAGUUAUUAAAACGAAAUCCAUUAAGGUUGCAGUACUUCGUGAAGAAGGUAUCAAUGGAGACAGGGAAAUGAUCGCAUCUCUAAUGCUAGCCAACUUUGAUGUGUUUGAUGUAACAAUGAGUGACUUACAAAACAAGAAGAUUACUCUGGAUGCGUUCCAAGGUGUUGUUUUCCCGGGAGGUUUCAGUUACGCAGACACUCUGGGUUCUGCUAAAGGCUGGGCUGCUGGAAUAUUAUUCUCAGAAUCUCUAAGCUCGCAAUUUGCUCACUUUAAAGAUAGAAAAGACACUUUCUCUUUGGGAGUUUGUAAUGGGUGUCAGCUAAUGGCUAUGCUAGGAUGGGUGGAUCCCGAUAGCAAUUCCAAAGGUUCAAACAAGGCCCAGAUAUUCCUAGACCAUAAUAGCUCGGAAAGAUUUGAAUGCCGAUGGAGUGCCGUGAAGAUACACGAGAACGAGAACAAAGAAGACGUGUGGUUCCGCGGGAUGGGCGGCAGCGUGCUCGGCGUGUGGGUCGCGCACGGCGAAGGACGAUUCACGGUCGCCGACGGUUCCCUACUCGACAAACUGUACAAGAACGGACAAGUCGCUGUACAGUAUGUCGACGACGACGGAAAGCCCACCGAGGUGUACCCGAUGAAUCCCAAUGGAAGUCCAGAUGGGCUGGCUGGUGUCCGUUCACGUGACGGCCGUCACAUAGCUAUGAUGCCACAUCCAGAGCGUUGUGUUUUACGUUGGCAAUGUCCGGCUCCUUGCCCCACGGUAACUAAUCCGUCUGUACGCAACAGCCAAGCCUCGCCGUGGUUGCGGCUCUUCCAAAAUGCCUACUCGUGGGCUAUUAAUCAUUAAUACAAAACGUAUCAUUUAAGGAUCUUUGGGUGUACGCCAAGAUUUUAUAAAAAAAAACGUCUUCCAUAAAAAAUAUGCUGUUUAAUUAUGUUUAAAAAAAUUCUGUCUAGAUUUUUCUGACGAAGUUUUGAAAUAGUCUUAUAAUCAGUUCGUUAUCUAAGCAUUAUUAUAUAAAAAGCUCAUUAACAGUCCAAAAUUUUAGAAAAAGUCAUGUUUUUCUAUGGUAUGGCAUUAUUAUGUAGUACCAGCAUUUUGGUUCGAUUCGGUCUUUAUCAAACAAUUAUGAAUAAAUAAGUAAUUAAGGUUUUACGCCUUUAAUAAACGUUUUGUUAGGAAUAAAACGAUGAAUCUAUAUCAUUCCAUGUGUGUGCGUUUAAACUAUUUUUAAAAGGAAACAUAUCGAAUUGUGAAAUGAAUUGUCCUAUUUUUGUAAUAAAUAUUAAGGCGUUUUGAAUAUUGUUAAGUAAAUCAAUAAAUUUUAUUUCAUUUUA